AUGGCACCACGAAAGAAGCCUGUGAUGAUAGGCAAGCCGAAAAACAGCAAGACUGCCAAGACACACACUAUUCCGAUACCUGAAGGGAUUACAUCAAUAGCUCUACCACCUUCACGCGUGCAUCAUGCGUCAUACCACUAUCCACUCCUGCUUGACGAUAGAAAGGCUUGUGAUGGGUUGCUGAGCUGGUUCAAAGGCGUCGAAGAGACGCGCAGUAUGCCUUGGCGGAAGACAUGGAUCGAUCCAAAGGACUACGAAGGAAAAGCGGAAGAGCUAGGAACAGUACUAGGCAAGAGAGCGUAUGAGGUUUGGGUCAGUGAAGUCAUGCUUCAGCAGACAAGAGUGUCCACUGUGAUUCCUUACUUCAACAACUGGAUUUCAAAAUGGCCGACAGUACAAGAUCUUGCCGACGCAAACCACGAUGAUGUUCUUGCAGCGUGGAAGGGACUGGGCUAUUAUUCACGAGCAACGCGACUUCAUGAAGGCGCAAAAGCCAUGAUAGCGCAAUCUGCUGGCUCAACUUGUCCUCUCCCGAGCAAAGCAGUCGAUCUGCAAGAAUUUCCUGGUAUUGGUAGAUACACUGCAGGUGCUGUAUCUAGCAUUGCGUUUGGGGAGCCGGAGCCGGUACUCGAUGGAAACGUGAUCAGAGUGCUCAGUCGACAACUCGGUCUUUACAUGGAUGGGAAAGACAAGAAGGCUACUGACGUUUUGUGGGAGGAAGCUGACCGCCUGAUCAAGCACGUUUCCGGCCUGUCGGAUGCAGGUGUAAGCGAAGUGCCAGGACAGUGGAACCAAGCGCUUAUGGAGCUAGGCUCUACGGUAUGCACGCCGAAGCCACAGUGCGCUGAUUGCCCGAUACAAGCGACCUGUAGGGUCUACAGUGAAGGCCAGGCGCUGUCGACCAAACGCCAGUCGCCAACAGUGAUACCUGAUAUUGAAGAUGCAUGCACCUUAUGCGAGUUACUGGAUACCGAGGACCUGGCAACAAUUACAGAAGAGACUGAGGAUAUUGAGACACCAAAGGCAACCAAGAAGCGGAAGGCCAACACGAAGCAGAGCAACAAGAUUUCGCAAUACUUUGCUAUUGGGAAGACCGAACCACAACCGACCACAGAUUGCGAGGAUGACGAGAUUGCAACUGAAGGCUCGGACCAUCUGAGCUCCAAAAAACGGAAGGCUUCCUUGUCUGAUCCUGUGGCAACAUCAAUCAUGAAAUCAACGGUGAUGUAUUGCUCACUGUUUCCCAAGAAAGUGGCCAAGAAGAAAGCCACGGAGGAAGAGUAG